AUGGAUUUUAAAUCUCGUUUUAAGGGAAAGAUGACCGUAAUGAAUAAAGACGGAGUCAUAGGAAUGGUAAACAAGCCCUCAAUUCCCAUCGUCAAAAAUAACUAAUACGCGGCUUCAAAGGAUGACCUAUCUCCGACCUUACAGAAUCUCGGUCAAUACACUGAGGGAAUAAGGGAAACCAAAUCUCACAUCUUUACUAAUAUUCAAACAUCUCCCAGCAAAAGGAUUUUUACAAAUUAUACAUAAAAGUUUUCAAAUGCUGGAUCAUAAGUUAUUAAAUAACACCAUGUUAAAACAGAGCACCAUUAUUAUUUAGAUGAUCCCAAGAGACCGUUAAAUCAAUUGAGAAUGCAAUAGGACUUCAAUUAGCUGGAUAUGGAUGAAUACGAAAUUGUUGCUAUUCCAAAAAAAAUGUUGGGUUAACUUCGUCAAUAAAUGAGUGUUGACAAGUAUGGCUUAACGAAAAGUUUUAGAAUCGAUAAAAAAAGCCCUGUUGAGUACUUUAUUUCAUUAAGGUAGACUGUCUCAAUUAUCCCCUCAAAUUACUACAAAAUGCACAAGUUAUAAUUAGACGCCUCUACUGAAAAAGCAGAACACUUUUGAUCAAAUAGUUAAGCCUUCUCCGUUUAUUAAACAAAGAUCUGAGAAGACGGAGAAAAGGAAUCAGAUCAUCUAAUAAGCUGGCAUUGGAACUUUAAGAUACAAGUAUUAACUAUUUAUUAUAUCCAUUAGUUCCUAUAGUAAAAGAUGA